UUUUUGAAUCACCACCAUUUGCUCUCCCUCGGAAGCUGAACCCAAGAACUCUCCCUUGCCUGCAACUUUCGUUUUCCAUCUCACGGAAACGAUAACUGCUCGAAAGUUUAAACCUUUUCAACUUCAUGUCUUCUUCUUCUUCUUUGUGAGGAAGAGCCAAAUAGUUGUGUUCUAUUCUCCUUUUGCUCUGUUUUCGCUUCUGCUGACUUCAAUGGCGUCUCAGAAGCACUUAAAGGAUCUUUUGCGAGAAGAUCAAGAGCCUUUUCAGCUUCAAAGCUACAUUUCCGACCGUCGAUGUCAGAUCAAGCGUCCUCUGUCUCCUCGAAGAAACUUGCAGGUCAGGAAACGCAAACCCAUCUCGCAAAACGCUGGCUUUCCCUCGCGUUUCUACCGCAACGCGUGUUUCUUCUCCUUCCGUGAAUCGCCCGACCCGAGAAUGUCUCCUCUCUUCGAGUUUCAAUCCCCGAGUCGGAGCCCAAACGCGAUUUUCCAAAAUAUCCCGGCUAAAACAUCCGCGUUUCUUCUAGAAGCUGCGGUUAGGAUACAGAAACAGUCAUCCUCUGAGGGUUCGAAGACGAGAACGCGGAACGCGGGAAAUGCGUUUGCGUUAUUUGGGUCAGUGUUGAGGAAACUGACGAAUCGCAAGAAACGCGAUACCGGCGGCGACAACGGUGGUAGAGUUUCCGUGAAGGAUAUCUUGAGAUGGGAAUCUCCGGUCCUUCGUAGAGUAAUCACUGGAAACGCGAAACACAAAGGAGUUUCAGAAAACGCGGUUGCGAUAAACGAGGGAGAGAAAAGCACGUCUGGAACGCGGAGGUCAAGCAGCAGUGGCGUUUGGUCAGAGGGCAAUGAAGAGAGGUCUUGGGACUGCGGUUUCGAAACGUCGAGCAGUAGUAUAUCCGACGGUCAGGAUGAGUUUACAUUUGAUAUAAUGGACGACGGAGAUUUCACCGAAGAUCAUGAAAAACGUUUCUGCGAAAGCCCGUUCCGUUUCGUGCUCGUACAAGCAAGCCCUUCUCCCCGUGGCGGUUUCCGAACGCCAAAUUUCGCGUCUCCGGCUGCGUCUCCCAGCCGCCGCGGCCGAAAGAGUGAGGAGGGCUGUGAAAGGGAGAAACUGCAGAUGGAAGAGGAGAAGGAGCAGGACAGUCCAGUAUCGGUUCUGGACCCUCCAUUUCAGGACGAUGACGAGGACGUUCACAUUCACGUCUCCCUCCAAAGAACCAAGCAUCAGCUUCUUCAAAAUCUUCGUAGAUUCGAGAAAUUAGCGAGUCUUGACCCGGUCCAACUCGAGAACCAAAUGUUAUCAUCAGAUCAAGAAACCGGUGAGGAGGCGACCGCUUACAACAAUGUCGACGACAAAGAAGACGAGGCCACAAGAUAUUAUCAUCAACACUGUGAAGAGCUUACGCGAAUAAUUCUUGAGAAUUACCUCGACGAACCCAAACAAAUCCCCCAAGGAAUUCCGUCGUUGAUCUCAGAUAUAGUGGCGGACGAAGUUCAAGAAAACGGAUUCUUGAUCGACGUGGCGAAAAGGGUUUGCGAGAGAUUGGAGUCUUGGAGAGGCGUGGAACCGAACACGAUCGAUAUGAUGGUCGAGCAAGAUUUCACGGCACAGAGUUUUGUCGGGUUAUGGGCAAAGAACGAUCAAGAAGCGGCAGAGAUUUCCAUGGAGAUCGAGUUUGAGAUUUUCAGAUGUCUGGUCGAAGAGUUGUCGGAAGAACUGAUUCAGGGUUAGGGUUUUUCGCUUUUCCAGUAUAUAACUUGCGUCGCAAGUAAUGAUGACUGCUACUAACCAGCGAAUUCGAAGGAUUAAUUAGUGGUGUAUGUAAAAUUUUUGUUUAAUGAGUUAUAAUUAUAAUA